UAUUAUUGUGUCAUUCGAUUUUUCACUGAAAAAAAAGAAACGUUUUUUAUUGAGACAUCAUGCCGAGUAGUAAAACAAGAAUCGCUAUUAUCGGUGGUGGAGCGGCUGGUUUGAUAGCAGCCCGUCAUAUAGCCGCAUUAGAUACUUAUAGUCUCAUUCUAUUUGAACAAACCGAUCAGAUUGGUGGCACGUGGGUGUACACCGAUGAAACGAAUCUCGACAAACACGGGCUUGCGAUACACAGCAGCAUGUACAAGAAUCUCAGGUGAGCUGCCAGUAAUAUUGACUGAGUAAGUAGUAAAUAAUAUUUCUAAUAACGAAAAAUAGAUUGAUAAACGUAACAUUAUUCAUACACGGAAA